AGUUUGAUAUUUCCACAUUAUGCGCGGCGUUAACAAAAGUGACGCUACUUUAUCUCCUAGGUGGUGUCCGCCGAGUAGGGUAAUGUUGCUUUUUCAUCAUAUGUUGGGUGACUUGACAGCCUUGUUUUUCGUAGCGUUUAGUGUUAGAACUCAAAUUUUACAUUAUAUAAUAAAUUUCGUGCAACUUUUCACAAGGCGGGAAAAUACUAUAUAUAUUCCUCCAGUAUAUACAUGUGUACCAGUAAACAUCUGAAUAAUGGUAGGAAGCAUAACGGAAAAAAGGAUUUGGAAGAAAUGUAGUAAGCAGCAAUGCUAGGGAGAAAGUAUGGUAUAUGCCGUGGGAACGAAGAGUGAGUGAAUCCGCGCCAUUAUGAACGAUUUUGAGGACAUCAACAAUAAUCUGUAGCUAGUAUUUCUCAACAUCCAGAGGAUACCAAUCUCAUAUUCCGUACUUCCCUUGGAUGAUCAGCGUUAACCUUUGGGCCUAUACCAUGUUGAUUAAAUGUAGGGAGUAACUUACCAAUAAUGCAUAUGGUGAGAUCAAGGUCAUCUUAGGAGGUGACCUUUGGAAUUCAGUUAAAGUGACAGAUUUGUCGGAGAUUAGACUUGCUGUGAUUAGCCUCUUUGCUUCUCAAGGCAGAUAUUUUGUUUUCCCUCAUUGAAGACAUUGUGCGACUGUGUUUGUGUCGUUUCUGCGAGCGAGGGCAUCUCAGAGUUCUCAUUCUUUCGGGAAUAGAUACUACGUUAAUCGAUUGUUUACUACUCCACUCACUUUUCACAAUCAACUCCAACCCCGUCGCCCCCAUGAGUGUUUUUUUUAAGGCAAAAUAAACACUCGUGCAAAACUUCUCAAAGUUGCACGUUUCAACUGUGAUAGAAUUGUUUGAACUUGUAUUUUUCACAAUGCAGUGGCUUUCUCCUAAAAUUGAUAACGCACAUGACAAUGUCAACCAAGAUGACUUUACUAAUGAUGAUCUUGAACAAGAAUUAUUAGAUUUACUGAAAGAAAAUCCGUCACAUACUACGGUUCCGCAUACAACUUUGUCUUCUACUCAGGGUAAAACAAAUUAUGAUGAAGAUGAGCUUUUACUUGCUCAACUUGUCGAAUCAAUGGAGAAUGAUAAUCAACCGUUGUCUGGCGGCGGUGGUGGUAGUGGUGGUGCUGGUGGUUCUGAUGAACUAGACAUGAUGGGCAUUAACGCGAAGGAUUUUCUUAAUGAUGAUGAUAAGAAAAACACUUCUGAUUCACCGCAUCAAAAAACUGAACUUACUACGAAUGAUGUUUCUGGUUCCAAUAUGUCAUCAAUAAAUCCACCUUCAAGUGGUAAUAAUCUAAAAAGUGUUGGGAAUGAUAAUACCAUUGUAAAGGCUGAUAAGCAGCCACCAUUAGACGUUCGUCAAGCUGUACUUGAUUAUAUCAAUCCUAAAACUACUCCUUCCGGUUUAGAUCUGUUGAAGAAUCGUCAUAAAGAAUACAAAUUAGCCGCUUUAAAAGCUCGUGAUGACGGAGAACUUGGUAAAGCAAAGGAAUUAUUGGAAGCGUCCAAGUGUAUCGGUGAAGCUAUUGUCAAUAUUGAAGCUGGUAAGGAAACAUUCGAUCCUGAGACCGACUUACCUCCACCACCAUCGGAAUACGAAUUUUCUGGUGCAGAUGAAGAGAAUUCAAGUGGAGCUGUUGCUGCACCACCAGCUCCUCCGCCACCAACAGAAGUGAAACAAACAGUCCCAGAUAUUAUGAAGACGCCUGUCAUCUGCUCAGAAAACAUUCUGGCACGUAUAGCCUAUUAUAAAGAAAAGAUAAAACAAAUAGGCGAUGAUCCAUCACAAGAUUCAAAAAGACGUCGUUACAAUCGUAUUCUUAAUCGAUAUGAAGAAGGAUUACGCGCCUGUGAAAAUGGAUAUAUUUCAUUUGAAUUUGAAGAACUAGUUCCACCUCCAGGUUAUCCUGCGUUAAAUGAUCGUUCUAAAAUAACUAAAGGUGAAAAAUCCACUGGCAAUGAAUCUAAUAAAGCAGCAGCUUUAUCAAAGCCUAGUUCUGGACAAGUUUCAGGUAAAAGUAAAUCUGUGGCUAUUGUUACACUUUUAACUAAACGUCAGAAUGAAUUGAAAGAAGCUGCUAAACUUGCAAAACAAUCAGGUAAUAUUGAAUUAGCUAAAAAGUAUAUACGAUCAUUUCUUGGAAUGAAUCAAAUGAUACAAGCUGCUGAGGCUGGUUUUCCAAUUGAUUUAUCCCAGUUGCCACGAUCGCCUACAACUAAUGAAUCUGCUGCAUAUAAGCCAAUUUUAAGCGGAUCAAAUUGUGAGCCACCUGUGAAGUAUGCAGUCGCCCUUAAAACAUCUUCGGGCGAUCAUCUGGUUCAGGUGUAUUCAGAAAUUUUAUCAGAACAAGAAAAGUUGGUUAGUCAUCUGUUAACUGAACAUCGUCGUAAUGGGGACCAGUCUGUUAUUUCAAAACUAUCUGAUCUAAUGAGUGUUAAUACAUGCAUAAAGAAAGUAUUAUCUAAGCAUAGUCAUCAAGUCGGUAUACUAACACCUUACUUUGAAUCUGCUAAUUUGCCAAAAUUAAAUAUUAAUGCUGAACUAGGUGAUGAUGUCCUCGAGGUAACUGUUCUCCGUGGCAUAGCAUAUCCACUUCCAUCGCAUUAUUCACAUAUUGAUACAUAUGUUGAUGUGGAAUUAUGCAUUAGUACAUCUAGUCCAUCAAUGAAAUUAUCCACUAAUAUUGCUAAAUCUAGUUGUGAACCUGUUUAUACUCAAUCGGUUAAAGAAUUCCGUGUAAAUACAAAAGGUCGGAUAUAUAAACGUUUUGUUCAAAGUAAUAGGUGUUUAAAAGCAACAGUCUACUAUAACCGUGGUAUAUUUCGGAGCUGGGGUGUUUUAGGUGUAACUGAAAUUCCACUGACUGGACUUGUCCAAUCGGCUACGGUAACCCACAUUGGUGAUCUAAAAGAAGGUCGUAAAGUUGUAGGAGGUCGUCUAGAAGUACAAUUGCGACAACGUGAAUCACUUAGUGGGGAAGCUGUCGUCUAUGAAGAAAGACCUUGGCUUUUACUGUCUGUGCCAAAACAACAGAAUGAUUCACCGAAAACUAUGAAAGCUGUAAGUGAACAGCAUAAUUCUCCUGCAUCAUCGUCUUCCUCAGCAUCUUCGCGAACUAUUGUCAUAAAAAGAGAUCAAAUAAUUCGUAGUUAGUUUAACGCCAGACAGACAGUUGUGAUAAAUUCAACACAGGCGAACAUAAUUUUUGUCUUCUAUCAUUAUCAUUUCAACGCAAUACACAUAUAUUAAUUACAUUACCUGUCUACUAAUGCAAAAUUGAGAUAUAUAUACCAGAUGACAUUCAUGUUUUUUCAGGAUAAAUACAAACAGUGUGUAAACAGUGUGAUAUCGAGAAUUUGCUAUAACUUUGAAUGAUGAGAAUGUGUAUUUAUUGAUUUCCAAGACCCAUUUUCUUUUGUUGUUUCUCUAUACUGCAUCAUUUGAUUAUAAUACACGAUGGUGACUAGUUGUU